UUUUUUUUUUUUUUUGUUCAUCUUGUAUAUUGUUACACAAUUAGCCCUACUGGAUGCUAGCAAGCUGUUUAGCAAGCCAGAAGUGGCGUCAAUGCGGGGGACGUUGUCGUUUUCUUUCUAUUCGAAUUUCCUCUCCUGUUUCCCCCAGAUAUAACCUGGCAUAAUUCCGACGGAAAUUGCUUCAUUUAACGCUCUAAGCAGGACUGAGGGGGAUCAUGGGUGGCGUCAAACAGGAGCAGAAUGAUGCUCCGCAGCAGCCUCGAGCCUCACAGUCCACAGAACAUCCUCAAGAGGAGCCUAAGAAGCGAGGAUGGCCCAAGGGCAAGAAAAGGAAGAAAGUGCUACCCAACGGUCCCAAGGCACCAGUCACUGGGUAUGUCCGCUUCUUGAAUGAGCGGCGGGAAGUGAUGAGGGCCCGGUAUCCUGACCUGCCUUUCCCGGAAAUCACCAAGCGGCUCGGAGCAGAAUGGACACGAUUAGCGCCUAAUGACAAACAGCGUUACCUGGAUGAGGCCGAGCGGGAGAAGAUGCAGUAUGCCCAGGAAUUGAAGGAAUAUCAUCAGACGGAGGCAUAUCAGAUCACCAGCACGAAAAUACAAGACAAAAGGAUUAAGAAAGAGGACAAUCCGUCUGUGAUCAUAAGUGCCAGUUCAGGCUUGCCAAAGACAUCCGAGCUCCCGAGCAGGUUUGACAUCCCCAUCUUCACAGAGGAGUUUCUUGAUCAAAACAAAGCUCGAGAGGCGGAGUUGCGUCGACUUCGCAAAGCCAACAUCGAGUUUGAGGAGCAAAACGCCGUGCUGCAGAGGCACAUCAAAGACAUGUACAACGCCAAAGAGCGCCUGGAGGCGGAGCUUAACCAGGACGAGAAGCGCACGCAGGCGCUUCACCAGCACUUGCUGGCCAUUAAACACACGUUGGUCAACAGUCUGGCUGCUGUGCCGCUACCAGGCACGGGCGAGACGGCGACCUUCGGAAACUUGGAUUCGUAUCUCAGUCGUCUCAGCGGCGCGCUCGAAGGGAACCCUCAAAAGCACCGGGCCUUGCUUACGCAGCUUUGCGAUGUCCUCUCUCACCUGGACAGUGAGAAGUUAUAGAACAGCUGCGCAACCUCUGCCGGCCUCCUCAGUCAUUCCUGCACCGGGCGGAUGAAUUUGUCAGGUGCAAUCGUCUCGAGGGAUCGAAAGGGCAGUUCCGUCGGUCGAAGUUUGGACCGCUCCCUCUUCUGCACAAAUGUGUGAGUUCUCCAAAGUGUGCGGAAACUAUUUUCAAAGGCGUACCCUCUGUUUACUUUGUUUAUAAAGAGGAGUUUACAAGUAAUGCCAUGUUGCAUUGGUGGCUGGGAUCAUCUGUGUGUGCAGUGUUAUUAAGCAUAACUAUAAGUCGUCAUAUCAGUUUCUAUCUAGUGUGAACUUUCAUUGUAUUUUUUUUUCCAAAAUGCUGUUUGAAAAUGUGCUGAAAAUAUUUCCAAUAUAAAGUGAACAAGCUUGU